UGUCUUUCUGAACUCGCACUGUUUUUGCAUCAACUCACGAACAUUCUGCACGCCUUUCAGAGCCGAGUCCGCCACCAUCUCACGGCAGCCCGUUGCGAUUGAACAUUAAACUCGGCAGCACUCUUCGUGAGCUGACGAGUUGCGCUGUUUUUUCACAACUUCUUUUUUAACUCGUUUCCAGUCCUGGCCUUAAACUGUGGUUUAGGAUACAGGCUUUGGUGUGUUGUUGUUGUGGAAUUUCGGGACACUUCACUUGGAUAAAGCCCGCGGCGUGUCCACUGUGGUGCGUGCUUGGUUUGAGAAUUGCGAAGGAGGUGCGGCGAUCGAUUGUAUUUUUGGAGGACUUGAGGAACAAUCGAGUCUUACCUCGACGACAUCUUGAGAUGUUAGAACAGAUGGUGGUUUUUGGUUGACGGUGCCCUGUUUGGCGCAGUUCUUUUGUUGUGAUGCUGCAUUUACAUAAUCUUUGGGUCAUUUUUGAAGCGAAGGGCUAUUGAUCUCGCCUAGCAUUCAAGGUGGACGAGCCAGACUUUAAAUUAAACCCAAAUGUCGACUUACCUUGGGGACAGAGUGAUGGAAAUAUUCCGUGUACUGACUCUUCUGAAGAUGAAUCCUGGUUCUAAACGGUUUCUCUCUUUGUAUCAGAUUUUUUUAGAGGGUAAUUAAGGAAAUGAGGGUUUAUUUGAUGUGGGUUUGAUACCAGACAGCUCCAGCAUCAGGAAAAGUGUUAAUACCCUCGUAGAUCUUACCAAAAUUAUAAUUCGCUGGUAUCUGGACUUCACUAUUUAUAUUUCGCUGCAAAGUUCUGUUCAGUACUUCGAGCAGCUGGAGUGAGUAGAAGAAAUCCAGCUUUUUUUUCCUUAGAGCGUUUUUUCAAGUGAAGGAUCAAGAAAGGACCUAAACAGGAAGAUGGCACACGAAGCGCCGGGAACACUGAUGUUCUAUAUAUACAUUUUAAUUAUAAUCGGACUUGUAUUGUUUGCUGGCUUGAUGUCUGGUCUCACUUUAGGUCUGAUGUCGCUCAGCCUGGUUGAUCUUGAGGUUCUUCAGAAGUCUGGAAAGCCCGCUGACCAGAAACAUGCCGGUAAAAUUCUUCCAGUGGUCAGAAGACAGCAUCUACUGCUUUGCACUCUUUUGAUUGGAAAUGCGCUGGCCAUGGAGGCACUCCCAAUUUUCCUCGAUUCGUUGGUCCCGGCGGUGGGGGCUAUCCUCAUUUCUGUAACCUUGAUUCUUUUAUUCGGCGAGAUCAUACCCCAAGCAGUUUGCUCACGAUACGGAUUAGCUGUUGGAGCUGCAGCGUCACCAAUUGUUCGAUUACUUCUUGUAGUUUUCUUCCCAAUCGCAUAUCCAAUCAGCAAGCUACUAGAUGCAAUCCUUGGGAAAAAGCAUGGGUCUCUAUUUCGGCGCUCUGAGUUGAAGACCCUCGUGGAUUUUCAUGGUGAUGAGGCUGGUAGAGGUGGAGAGUUGACCCGUGACGAAACAUUAAUUAUUGGUGGAGCUCUGGAGUUGACCGAGAAGACCGCUAAGCACUCGAUGACUCCGAUCAAGGAUGUUUUUGCAUUGAAUGUCGAUGACAAACUUGAUAUGGAAACAAUGAAGACCAUUAUGGCCAAAGGGCACAGUAGAAUACCUGUAUAUGCUGGAGAUAAGAAUAACAUUAUUGGUUUACUACUUGUGAAGAACUUGUUGACACUACCUCCUCAGGACGAGACUCCAGUGCGAAGUUGCACAAUCCGGAAAAUUCCGAGGAUUGCGGAGGGCGUACCAUUGUACGACAUUCUAAACGAAUUUCAGAAGGGUCAUAGUCACAUGGCAGCAGUUGUUAGGUACAACAGGGAGAAGACCGAGUCACUUUCACAAGGCAGGCAACAGAGUAACAGGCAUCCCAGAACUCUACGCAAUUCAAAAUCGAUACGUGAUACUACGUCAUCUCGAUAUUCAGGUUUGGGAUCUCAAAACCUUGAGUCCAGAAUUGAGAUACCUGAAGAAGUUCGGGAGAACGAUUUGGGGAAUAACGUGAGAAUACAAUCUUUAACUUCGAUUCCACCGCCCGUCAUCAAAUUGAAUGACGAAGCUACUCGGGGUCAGCUUCUACCACAGCGGCAGUCUAAGAAAUGGGCUAGCUCUGUGGAUCGAGAUGUUUUAGAAAUUCGUGAUGGAUCUUUGCCAAGCUAUGCAAACGAUGAGGAGGUUGUGGGUAUCAUUACUAUGGAGGACCUGAUUGAAGAACUCUUACAGGAGGAGAUUUUUGACGAAACGGACGAGUACGUAGAACAACACAACACGAUUAAGUUCAACAUGCAAUCACCAGGAAGGAGAAGCCCUGCGUCCCCUUUAUCAGAUACAACGCCUACGAUUUCAUCCAUGGUCUCCCCUGUAGUUGAGAGUACUCUGCGAGAUAUUUCUGCUUCACCCCCGUCUUCUGCACCUAAUACUCACAAUGUAACACCUGUCAAUUCUGUCUCUCCCUGGACAUCCCCGUCUUUGUCACCGCUUUCAGUUUCCUUGGCCCCAAAUUUUAAACCCGAAAGCCGGUGGUCUACAAGGAAUUCCUAGAAAGUAAGUUGUUGCCCUUGAUCCAAGUGGAGUUCGAGGGGUUGAGGACUCAGAAUAUUUGAAGAGUGGUUUUAGGUUGGUUCUCUUCUUUUUUUCCGUUCAUAACAGGUGUAUAUUAUGAUGGAUCUAGUCAGGCGGUGUUCAAAGUUCUUGUUAAUCUAUUAUAUGCCGGGCUCGUUCACUCUGAAAUCAAACCGUGGUGCGCUUACUAUUGAAAAGGACAGAGUUGUAGGCAUGGAAUAUCUUUUGUGGAGUUCUGUUGUAAAUAUGUUUUUUCUAUCAUGCAAGAAACAAAUACAUUUAUCAGGCCUCAAUUUUGGGUAACUUCAGCGAGUGUUUAUUUGUACUUCAAACUUACGAGAUAGGUAUCAAUAGUGAUAAGAGUUUGUCAAAGCCGUUUGUUACGUAGAUAUACGUACAACUGGAAAGAAUCUUCAAAGGCAAGUCGGUGGCUAAGAACAUUCGAUGAAAACUUUAGUAUCCGAAACCCGUUGGGCUCAAAAAAGUAUUCUCAAACUA